AUGGCACCAAAUGUAACAACAGCGCUUACAGCUCUUUGCGAAGAGGAUUUAGCUAAAAGUCCACCUUCAAAACCACAAUACAAACGAAAAAUAGUUUGGUUCAAUGUUUACGCUUUUUGUGUACUUCAUGCAACUGCUCUUUAUGGAAUGUACCUCGCAUUUACAUCUGCCAAGCUGAUAACUACUUUUUAUGCAUUCAUACUAUACCAAUGCGGAGGUAUUGGAGUUACAGCCGGAGCACAUCGAUUAUGGUCACACCGCGCUUAUAAAGCUAAAUUGCCAAUGAAGAUUAUUCUUAUGAUUUUCAACACACUUGCUUUUCAAAACAGCAUAUUCGAAUGGGCAAGAGAUCACAGAGUGCAUCAUAAAUACAGUGAAACAGAUGCUGAUCCGCAUAAUGCCAAUCGUGGUUUCUUUUUCGCUCACGUCGGAUGGUUGUUGUGUAAGAAACACCCUGAUGUUAAAGAAAAGGGUAAAGGAAUUGACAUGAGCGAUCUGGAAGCUGAUCCAGUUGUUUCUUUUCAACAUAAAUAUUACUUAAUCUUGAUGCCACUCAUUUGCUUCAUUUUGCCUGGAAUUGCGCCGGUUUAUUUGUGGGGUGAAUCAUGGUCGAACGCAUACUUUGUUGGUGUUUUCCUCCGUUAUGUUUGGACUUUACACAUGACGUGGUUGGUCAAUUCGGCUGCUCAUUUCUUUGGGCACAGACCAUACGAUAAGUACACCAACCCUUCUGAAAAUCUUUUGCACGUUUUUCCAUGGGACUACAAGGCGGCUGAAUUGGGAAAAUACUGGGGAAACACUACAACAGCAUUCAUCGACUUCUUUACGUUACUUGGAUGGGCCUACGAUACCAAAGUUGUGAGUCAAGAGAUAAUAAAACAACGUGUCCUGAGAACAGGUGACGGUUCACAUCCUGUAUGGGGAUGGGGUGACAAAGACCAAACACCUGAUAACAGAGAAAGUGCUGUAACAACAAAUAAAUUACAUACUCAAUAG